AUGGCACCCACAAUAGCAUUGACAGACCUUCCCUCCGAUAUUCUCUACAGCAUCUUCCCCUACCUCAGCGCCACCGACUUCUUAAGAUUCACAACCGUCACUAAAGCCCUCCACACCUACCACCAAGACCCCACCUUCUGGCACGCUCUCACCCGUGCGACCUUCCGCAUACCAGACCAGCCCCUCCUCCAGGGUGCGCGCUGGCAAUGGCUUUACAAGAAGCUGCUUACGCAGACGCGGCUCUACACAUGGGGCGACAACAAGAGCGGAAACCUGGGACAUGACAACACGGGACCGCAAUCUCAGAGAUUAAGCCCUCGUGCUGCGGUCCAUGGGCGUGCGUGGAGGACCGAGGCUGGGAGUGCAGGAUGGCCGAAGCAGCCUGUGAUUAGUGAAGACGUGGGGAUUGUGGCUGAUGUGCAGUGUGGAGGAUGGUCGACUACGAUCCUCAAUUCAAUAGGGGCAAUCUACAUAUAUGGCAUCUUCGACGGACUCAGGUCGGGCGGGGGGGCAAAUUUGAGGAGACUGAGCUUUCCACAUGCAUAUCCGACUACGUCGAAGACAAGAUCUGAGCCGAGUACCGCCAUUCAACAGUAUUCGACAGGUCGCUCAAGCGUGCUGGGACUUUCGGAUGAUGGGAAGGUCUGGAUGUGGGAGUCUGUUAUGGGCUUCCAGAUCAAGCUGGCUCAUGUUGAUAUGGUGGGUAACAAGGUCGACAGAGUGAUUGCAGGCUGGGACCGCAAUUCAAUGUACGUGAUAGACGUUGGUAUCGUUUACUGGGCCUCUGUCCAAGACAGCGACGUCGUCCGAGGCGGCCGUCAAGAAACACUCGCAGUGGCAGACACAAUGCUCGUCGACUCUGUCACUAUCCCCGGAACCAGCUACCGCCGAAAACGAUACAACGGGCGUACUACAGACGACGGCCUCGAGUCCCGCAUCGGCCAAGUAACUCAUCAUAUCGUGCUUGAAAACUGGAUCGUUUUCACAACCGACCUCAACAGAGUAUUUUGCUAUCCGACCAUCUUCCCCAUGCGGGCCUUCAACAUCCCGGAACCAAUUGAACUCACUACUUUCCCCACCGCCUGCCCAUCGGAGACAUUCCGGAUCCGCGACCUCCAAGGCUCCUUCAUCCGCUUCGCCGUCUUCACAACUUCAGGCGCCAUCUUGACAGCGGACAAAGACCUCCUCAACGCCUUCCACCAUGCCUCAACCUCCCACCCCGUUCACCCUUUACCAUCCCCCGUCCUCCUCCACUCUCCCCCAUCGAACCCUAUAAUCUCCCUCGCUUACGGCGACCACCACUACCACGCACUCCAUUCCACUGGAACAAUAACAUCCUACGGUCUCGAGCCCCAACGAUGCGGUGCCCUCGGUCUCGGCAACCGUUUGAUCUCCCAUCUCCGCGGCGUAGCCCUCGAAGGCGGCGCUUUCGGUGGUGGUCGCAUAUCCCCAGCUCUGAAUCCGACAGUCUGGUUCGAACCCCUUAUGCAAACCUGGUUGCAGGAUAUGGAUUGGGCGUCCGGCCAGCCUGAAGCGAGGGAGAGAGGGAGAAUGGUGCUGAGUGGGCAUGUGGGUGCUUGUGAGGCUACAGGUCGCUACUUUGAGCGCAAAGGAGCCUGUUGGGAGGAUGGUAUCACUAGAGAGGACGAAAUGGGAGCGUAUUUCGUCCUCAAAGUCGCCUCGGCGGGUUGGCAUUCCGCGGCCCUCGUCUUAGUCGACGACUAUAAAGCCGAAGCUGCAAAAAAGUCGCAUCUCGCUCGACCACCAUCGCCUGCCCCCUCGCGCGCUGCCUCGAUCCAGAGCGUCGACACGCAAGGAUUUGCGUAUGAAGUCAUUGAUUCACCCGGCGAGCAGUUGAUUAUCGGGAUCCGAUCCGUUGGGCAUUGGUUUUGGGAUGUGGGGCGCUGGUUCCUAGGCCUGACUGCAAGAGAUGAGGCAAGGAAACGGCAGGCGGGUCGGACGGAGAGGGAGGGGAGGAGUCCGGGGGAGAGGGAACGGGAAGCACAAGGGAUUGUGUAUGAGUGGAGUAAAGAGCAUUUCCCGAGGUUGAGGAUGGAGGGUGGGGAGGCGAUGCCGGGGGAGGUUGAGGUUAUGGAAUGA